AUGACACAGCACAUUUCUUUACUGUUGCUGACCCUUGCGAUUUCGUACCAGCAUCCCGCGGUGGGCUUCUCACUCUGCCGUUCCCCAGCAGCAUCAUCCAGCAGCAAAUGCUCCGCGACUCAAAGAAGGAAUCGCGCCGCGUCCGCCGCACGCGCCAGGAUACCCCCAUCGCGAUGUGGGCAGAUUGCACCACCAAGCGCUGGACGGCGACGACGCCCUCUUUCCGCAUUGUCAGCAGCAACCGAUGAACCAGCAGCAGGAGCAGCCGCACAAGUUGACGAGGCGGCUGGCGAGCCUCCGACGGGGUGCGAACGAGCACCUCACGAACCAGCGGUCCAAGCUUUCGAAGGGUGGACGGCGCGAGCGGGGUGCAGGGGCAGCAGCGGCAGCCUUUCCCACGCCGACUUCGACGGCCUGCCAGGACUAAUGACCAAGGUCGCGGUGCCACCAUGGCAACCGAUAGCCACCGUUCCCGAGUCGCUCUUCCUGCGAGAAGAAUUCCUCUUCGUCCCUUGUUCGCCGACUGCGGCUGCUUCGGACGCAGGGGCCGCCGCCGGCACCGAGCGAACGCAGCGGUUACCUCCCCCGCCACCGUUGUCAGUCGAAGCCUGGCAACGCUGCCCGUGGUGGGUGCGACUGGGCGUACGUCUUCUCAAGGAAAGGGCCGACGGAGAGGGGUCUAGGCUUCAGGAGUACGUCGGGAUGUUGCCUCGUCCAGGCGAGACCGGCGCGCCCCUGAACUGGUCGGCGGAGCAGCUGGAUCGGCUGUACUAUCCCCGCUUGCUGUCACAGAUCAAGAUACAGCGGCGUCUGUUCGAAGGCUUCCGGAAGGUUCUGCUGGCGGAUGCAAGGCGUGGCGACAACGCGCCCAGCACGAGAGAGGGCGACUGCGUCAAUCGCCUGGUAAGCGCGUUGGCAGACCCUGCCAUGUUCAGCUGGGCCCUGGAGUGCGUCUUGAGUCGCGCGUUCCAGCUUCCGCCACGGGGAGCGGCCGCGCUGGUGGUUGAGGAAGGUGAUGAUGUCCCCGUGAAGGCGCCGGAGGUGACGCCGCCUGCCCCCGACGAGAUGACAAUGGCCCUGCUACCCCUCAUCGAUUCGAUCAACCACUACAGCCGCAUGCCAACGCAUAUGUACUGGGAGGCUGACGGCGCCCUUAGCUUAUCAGUGGGUGCUGCGUUCGACCCGGGUGACCAUGCGUUCGCGUCGUACGGCCCAGUGUCGAACGACGACCUGCUGCAGUACUACGGCUUCGUGGAACGAGAUAACCCUUCGGACACAUAUGUCCUGGAGGAUAUGGGAAAGUGGCUUCGAGAGGACGGUUUGCUAGGGGCUGACCUGUCAAGCAGGCUGCUAGCUUGCCCCGCGGCGAGAAACGUGUGGCGCUAUCUCCGACGAGGGGUCAUCCUGCGCGACGCGGUACACCCGGCCACCAUGCAGGCCGUGCGCAUCGUCGCCUGCGAGGCAGCUGGCCUCAGCGCAGGCGGCGAGUCGGAGCUGAGUUGGGACGGUACGGAAGCAGACCUGUCGCGAUUCACCGCCCCGAUAUCGCUCGCCUCGGAGAACGCUGCCUUCGAGCUGCUGAUGCGGUACAGCGCGCGGGAGGCGGACGACUGGGGAAAGGCCGGCGUGGCCGCCGCCCUCGCAGAAGACCCCGCCGCCCCAGGCCUGGACGGAGACCUCGACGGGCUCGGGUUGGACACGGACCGGCGGCUGAUGUUGUCUGUGUUUAGGCUGGAGAAGAUAGCGCUGCUGCGGGGUAUCGUGGGCAGGCUGACGCACAUGCGGAAGGUCAGCGACUUGUUGAAUAGACCCAUCAAGAUGCCUGUGAGCGGGUCGCCCCCUCCCGUGUUGGGGCCCGCUUGUAGGUCGUCGUGAGAGCGUGGACGACUACGGAAUUGUGCAAGCUUGGUUCGUCAUCUACUACUUGGACGCGGCGCGGGUGAUUGUAUUUUCAGAGUGUUCAAAAGAGGGAGUCCGCGCGCUCUUGAAAAGGCAAUGGAGUUGAGCGCGCGGUGUUGGACGCUGGACUGUACUCACAGCUCGUACCCAGCCUCCGGGGCUUUGGUAUUGGCAAAGUGUUUCCCUUGUGUUUUCCAUUGCAAAAACAACUUGCAAUGGCGGUGCCGGCAAGGAUUUUGUACAGACAGAUUUGGUUUCUUUUCCGUUCAAAGGGGUGCAGAGCUU